UUGUAUGUGAUGCAGGGGAGGACUGACCCUUUUGAAACUCGGGCGCUGCCCGAGGGCCCGGGAUCAGUAGGGGCCCCAUGAGAUGCCCCUGGUACCUUUUUCAUAGGCUUUUUUGAGUUUGGGCAAGGACACAGGGGCCCCAUGAUCCCCUAUUGCCCAGGGGCCCCAUGAGUUGUCAGUCCGCCCCUGAUGCGAUGCCUCAUUGAAUGCGAUGCCUCAUUGUGUGCGAUGCCUCAUUGUGUGCGAUGCCUCAUUGAGUGCGAUGCCUCAUUGUUGCCCCAUGAGAUGCCCCUGGUUUUUUUAUAGGCUUUUUUCAGUUUGGGCAAGGACACAGGGGCCCCAUGAUCCCCUAUUGCCCAGGGGCCCC